AUGCCUGGCCACCCGGCAUCCCACCCUCCAGUUCGGCAGAAGGCCCCAUACUGGCCUGAGAUAGAUCCUGCCAGCUACCUCAUAUGUAAUGCAGGACCUCAGCUCCAGGACGAUGAGAUCCAGAUUCAGAAAGGUGGAGGAAAACUGAAGAGCCUGUGUGGAAAAUUCACACCUCUUUAUUUUCUUGGCGGAAGUCAAGGUGAGACACUGAGAGGGCCACCCGGGAAGGCCCUGCACCAGACAGAGGGCCCCGGCGUGUCCUGCUCUGCCCCUGCCGUCGACCCCGCUCCCACCCGGGGCUCAAGUGUUGAGUUGAACGCGGCUCGCCCGUUCCACAUCCGGGGACCCUGGCAGUCAGAGCCUCGCUUUGACGGGGAAGACAGCUCGGCCGAGGUCCGGGCGACAGACUCUGCCUGGUUACCGAGGGGCCGAGAAGAAGCAGCACAGCAGCACAGCCUCCGGUGGUCACGGGGUGAGAUUCAGGUCGUCCACAGAGUCAGGAUGAGGACCGAGAGACCCAGGAAACCAGGGCAGAAAACAGCCAACCCAGCCUCUGCUGUGACUGACUGUGGGUCCCCAUCACAGCCGCUGCCGGCCCUCGUGCCAGCUGCCCCCGGGAAAGCUAUGAUGCCUCAUGGUCGGAAACAUCGCCUCUGCAAGUUUGAGGGAGGCCUUCAGGCCCAAGGAGAGCAUGCUCAUCUGCCCGCGUACGGAGAAGAGGAGGCCACUACUGCCGGCUGCUCCCCCUCUGCUCUAAUUCAGGGUACCCACAAGGAGGAGCCUGCAGCUGGGGUCCCUAGUCCUCCUGAGAACCCUCAUGGAGCCUCCUCCAGCACUGCCAAAUCAUCUUCUGCAUACAGCCAAUCUGAUGAGAGCUCCACCUGGCAGGAAGAAGAGGGCCGGAGCACCUGGCAGUGCCUGGCAGAUACAGAGUCUAAGCUCCGAGGUGCACUGGCCGAGAAGAUGGCUGAGCUGGUGAGGCUGCUGCUCCUCAAGUAUCUCAGGAGGGAGCCGAUCACCGUGGAAGGGAUGCUGAGUUGUGUCACCGAGAAGUAUGAAGACUACUUCCCUGGGAUCUUCUGCAAAGCCUUUGAGUGCAUCCAUCUGAUCUUUGGCAUUGAGAUGAAGCAGGCAGACCCCACUGGCCAUUUGUAUGUGCUUGUCCCUGCACUGGGCCUCACUUGCCAUGAUGUGCUGGGGGAUGAUCAGAGCAUACCCAAGACUGGGCUCUUGAUAGCCAUCCUGGGUAUCGUGUUCAUCGGCGGUGGGCGUGUCCAUGAGGGGCAGAUCUGGGAAGCUCUGAGUGUAAUGGGGCUGUUCAUUGGGGUGGAUCAUUGCAUCUACGGGGAGCCCAGGAAGCUCGUCACCAAAGACUGGGUGCAGGCAGGCUACCUGGAGUACCGGCAGGCAUCCAAGAGCAGCAAUGCUCACUAUGAGUUUCUCUGGGGUCCAAGGGCCCACGCUGAAACCAGCACGAUGAGAGUCCUGCAGUAUUUAGCCAAGUGCAGUAGGAAUGAUCCCAGAUUCCACCCCUCAGUGAAAGGAAAGGCCGUGAGAGAUGAGGAAGGGGAAAAGAAACUAAUUGUAACUCCCGCCCUGGGCAACCUCUCCCCAUCUAAAGGACCCAAUGAGUACUCAUGGCAACCUUUAAACUAG